GGCUACUGAGCGUCUGUCCAGUCCUGGUCAGACGGGACCAGGCUCCUCUGAGGCUCCAGGACUUCAUUCAUCUGCUGCUGCUGCUGCUGCUAAUGGAACUUUUCACGGGUUCAUAUGAGGACUUCUGCAUGGAAAAGCCACUGUUUUUAUUCUAACUGCACUGUGCAUGUGUUAAAGGUGAAAUCCUGCUACUUGAUGGUUUUUUUUUUUAUUUUAUUUUAUUUUAUUUCCUUUAAGCUAAUGGAAAAUGGAGUCUCCAGGGAGCUUUUUUAUUGACUGAACUUUCCAAUCAAGCAGGUUUCCACAAGCCAAACCAGAGGGGUGUUGCAGAGUUUGAAGUGUAAGGUGUGAAAAUGGCCAGUCCCUCCAAGACUGUAGAAGAAAAAAGAGUCACUGGAGCUGAGAGUCCAGGUCACAAACCAGAAACCCCCAGGUAUCGAAGCUGGAGCAGCCUCCGCUUCUCCAGGUGGAGAAGUGGAUCUCAGAGGACGACCCCCCCAGCGACCCCCUCCCCAAAGACAGACAAGAGGAGCGAUGUGACCAGGACACUCUUCUCCCUGGUCCAGACUCAUAAUGAUGACUACGCAGCAGACCCCGACGGGCUGCUGGACACCAACGCAGUGGCAGAAGGAAGUGGGGCCGAUGAAUUCCCCCAGGACCAGUCCACAUACUUCCAGAGGCAGUUUGGCUCCAUGCUGCAGCCGGGGGUCAACAAGUUCUCCCUGCGGAUGUUUGGCAGCCAUAAAGGUGUAGCAGCAGAACAGGCCAGGGUUAAGUCCUUCGGAGUCUGGAUCAUCCACCCCUACAGUGACUUCAGGUUUUACUGGGACAUUGUGAUGCUCCUGUUGAUGAUGAGUAAUCUGGUGAUUCUACCGUGGGGGAUCACCUUCUUUGAGGACCAGAACACCACCCCCUGGAUCACCUUUAACGUCCUCUCUGACACUCUGUUCCUCAUGGACCUGGUUUUUAACUUCCGAACGGGGGUCCUGGGGGAGGACAGCCACAUCAUCCUGGACCCUAAAGAGAUCCGCACGCUUUACCUCAGAUCCUGGUUCCUGGUGGACUUCAUCUCCUCUAUCCCCGUCGACUACAUCUUCCUCAUCGUGGAUCUAGAGUCACGGACUGAGUCGUCUGACGUUUACCGCACCGCUCGCGCCCUUCGCAUCGUGCGCUUCACCAAGAUCCUCAGUCUGCUGCGUCUUCUGCGACUGUCACGGCUGAUCCGUUACAUCCACCAGUGGGAGGAGAUUUUCCACAUGACCUAUGACCUGGCCAGUGCUGUGGUGCGCAUCGCCAACCUGAUUGGCAUGAUGCUGCUGUUGUGUCACUGGGACGGAUGCAUGACCUUCAUGGUCCCGAUGCUGCAGGACUUCCCCCCAGACUGCUGGGUCUCCAAAAACAACAUGGUGAAUUCUACGUGGCACUUACAAUACUCCUACGCUCUCUUCAUGGCCAUGAGUCACAUGUUGUGUAUCGGAUAUGGCGCCCACCCUCCAGAAGGCAUGAGUGACGUCUGGCUCACUAUGAUCAGUAUGGUAAUCGGUGCCACCUGUUACGCCAUGUUCCUCGGUCACGCAACCAACCUGGUCCAAUCCCUGGACGCCUCACAUCGGCAGUACCAGGAGAAGUACAAGCAAGUGGAGCAGUACAUGUCGUUCCAUAAACUGCCAGCUGAUGUAAGACAGAGGAUCCACGAUUAUUACGAGCAGAGAUUCCAGGGCAAGAUGUUUGAUGAGGAUAGUAUCCUCGGAGAGCUCAGUGAUCCACUCAAGGAGGAGAUUGUCAGUUAUAACUGCCGUGGGCUGGUGGCCAACAUGCCGCUGUUUGCCAACACUGACCCUCAUUUCGUGACCGUGAUCCUGACCAAGCUGCGAUUCGAAGUCUUCCAACCCGGAGACUUAAUUAUACGAGAAGGGACCCUGGGUCGUAAAAUGUACUUCAUCCAGCACGGCUCAGUCACUGUUAUUCCACGCGGCAGUAAGGAGAUUAGACUCAGCGAUGGAGCGUAUUUUGGGGAGAUCUGUCUGCUCACCCAAGGGCGGCGAACAGCCACGGUGAGGGCGGAGACCUACUGCCGCCUCUACUCCCUGAGCGUCGACAGCUUUAACGAAGUCCUGGAGGAGCAUCCUCUGAUGAGGAGAGCCUUCGAGAGCGUGGCCGUGGACCGACUGGACCGGGUGUCGCGCAGACCCAGUUAUCAGCCCCCCGCUGACUAGUACAGACACAAAGAGACUCCUAGAGAAGACAUUUGUAAUGGGAUUUUUAACAGAAACCACCAAUGUAAAUGUUACUGAUUGCUGUCAGCUUUAGCUCACAAUCGAAGACCUAAUAGUUCCU